CCGUCAUCCUCAUGUACGGCGCCGGCGUGCCCGUCGUGAAGCUGGGCCGCAUGGCCGGUCAGUUCGCCAAGCCCAGGUCCGAGGACAUGGAGACGAUCAACGGCGUCUCCCUCCCUUCCUACCGCGGCGACAACAUCAACUCCUCCGAGUUUACCCCGGAGGCGCGUCGCCCGGACCCCGAGCGCCUUCUCAAGGCGUACGACCAGUCCUGCUCCACCCUCAACCUCCUCCGCGCCUUCUCCAACGGCGGUUACGCCUCCCUGCAGCGCGUCACCAAGUGGAACCUCGACUUUAUGGAGGAUAAGGAGAGGGGCGCCGAGUACCGGGCGCUGGCGGAUAAGAUUGACGCCGCGCUCGCGUUCAUGGCGGCGUGCGGGAUCGACGAGGACAGCCCUUCCAUGCAGUCCACCGACUUUUUCACCGCGCACGAAGCCUUGCACCUCGGUUACGAGGAGAGGCUCACCAGGCUGGACUCCACCACCGAGGAGUACUACGGGUGCAGCGCGCACUUCCUCUGGUGCGGCGAGCGCACCAGGCAGCCGGACGGCGCGCACAUGGAGUACUUCCGCGGCAUCUCCAACCCCAUCGGCAUCAAGAUCAGCGACAAAUCCGACGGCGAGUCCGUCGUCUCGCUGGUCAAGCAGCUCAACCCCGAGAACGUGCCCGGUCGCAUCACUCUCAUCUCCCGCAUGGGUGCCGAGAAGCUCCGCGAGCACCUCCCCCGGCUCAUUCGCGCCAUCGAGGACGCGGGUCUCAACGUGCUGUGGGUGACGGAUCCGAUGCACGGCAACACCGUCAAGACGGACAGCGGCUUCAAGACCCGUCCGUUCGAGAGAGUUCGCGACGAGAUCAUGGCGUUCUUCGAGGUGCACGAACAGAUGGGAACCCACCCGGGCGGCGUCCACCUGGAGAUGACAGGCCAGGACGUCACGGAGUGCACCGGAGGCACUGCGGAGGUGACCAUCGGAGACCUGGAGCUGCGCUACCUGACCCACUGCGACCCGAGGCUGAACGCGUCGCAGGCGCUGGAACUGGCGUUCUUGAUGUCCUCUAAGCUCGCGGGCAUCCGCGAGCGCGGAAACUUCGGCAACAUUCCGGCCCGCUGAGCGUUUAAUAGGGGGUGGAGGGUGUUUGGGUUCGGGUUGAAAAUUUUAUUUUUUUUUCCGAGCCCCCCAGAGGUGGGGGCGGCGGCGACAGCGGAGGGGCGCACGGGCGCGCGCUCGUCGUGUCGGCGGUAUGAUAUUAUCCGCCGACGCCGGGGACGAGGCGGGCUCGAUUAUAACUUUACACAUUACCAGAGAGCUUUUUUCAAUAUGUAAAUACGCGACGAC